AUGAUAUUCCCUCCAGCUUUCUUUACAAGUAUGAUCCGCGUGAUGGUUCACUUACCAGAAAAGGCAUUGCUUGCUAGUCCUGUCAACUAUCGUUGGAUGUAUCCAAUAGAAAGGCUUCUCGGCGAGCUGAAAAAAACUGUACGCAACAGGGCGAAGCCCGAAGGAUCAAUUAUAGAGGCAUGGGUUCAAUAUGAGUUGCUUACUUUUUGUGGAAUGUAUUUAAAAGAUGUCGAGAUGGCUUUCAAUUGUCCUCAGCGCAAUAAUGAUGGAGGUGUGAGAAAUGAAAAACUUUCUGUUUUUGCCCAAAGCGCACGACCCUUUGGAGAUCCUGCACGAGGGGAGUCGUUUUCUAGAAAUGACAUGGACGUAGCGCAUUGGUUCAUACUGAACAAUUGUGAUGAGAUAAUGGCAUACUUAGAUGAACAUGAAGAGAUGAUGAAGCAAGAACAUCCAUCACAUUUGUAUGCCAAGAAACACCUGAAUAAGUUGAAAUCAUCGAAUUCCCCUACUUACAAUGAAGAGUUACAUAACUUGGCAUUCGGGCCGAUUCCGGCUAAAUUAUUCUCGGGUUGUCAUGUUAACGGCGUUAAGUUUUUGGGGACUGCACGAGAUGAUAGGUUGUGUACGCAAAACAGUGAUGUCCAUGUCUCAGGAGGAGGCGAAAGUACGGACAUUGAUUUUUAUGGCAAACUCACAAUUGUCGUGCAAUUGCUUUACAAAGACCGUUACCAAGUCAUCAUGUUUAAGUGUCGAUGGUUUGAUACAAACCCAAGUAGGCAGGGAAGUGUUAAAAUCGACCAUGGCUUACUAUCUGUGAACAUUAACAAAAUUUGGUAUGAUGACGACCCUUACAGUUUAGCAAACAUGGCUACACAGAUUGUGUAUCUAGAUGACCCUAAAGCAAGGAGCGGUUGGAAAGUUGUUCAAAAGAUGGAUCAGAGGAACGUGUAUGCUAUACUAGGAUUAGACUCAACCGACAACAUCGCUGACCAACGCGCAGAAUCUUCAAUAGAAAAUGAUGUGGAAACACUUCGAGAUACAAGUGUUAUACAAGAACCUGAUCUUCCGCGCUAUGAUGUUGCAGUGGGGCACCACAAUGACGAUGAUGUAGUUAUAGAGGAGGAGGAUUGGGAGACCGAAAGUGAGGAUAGCGACGAUAACGAAAGUUAUUAUACUUCAGAUGAUGAAUAG